AUGAAGCCCGAUGAGAAGGAGGCCGAGAACAUUCGUGUCGCCGUGCGAUGUCGGCCCAUGAACGAGCGUGAGAAUCGGGAGCAGUCGGUCUCCUGCUUCACUUGUGGCCCCAAUGGCACCGCCGUGCUCACGAAUAUGGACAACCCGGCCGAGAAACACGAAUUCGGCUUCGAUUUCGUGUACGGGUGUGACUCAAAGCAGGAAAGUGUGUUUGAGGACAUUGGCGUGCCUCUAUUAGACCGAGCUUUUGGAGGCUACAACGGCACUAUCUUUGCCUACGGACAGACUGGCAGUGGCAAGUCUUUCAGUAUGACAGGUGUGACUGGAGGCUCAGAGGCGCUGGAAGGUUUAAUUCCUCGCGUUAAUUGCGCCAUCUUCGAGCGUGUUGCCACAGAACGGGUCGAAAACCCCAACAAGCGCUUCCUCGUGGAGUGCUCGUUCUUUGAGAUUUACAAUGAAAUCAUCUACGACUUGCUCGAUUCCAGUGGCAAUGGCAAGAAGAACAAAGGUGGCUUGGAGAUCAAGGAGCACUCCGUGUUGGGAAUCUACGUGAAAGAUCUCCAGGAGCGUGUGGUGGAGACACGAGAAGAGAUUGUGGAGCUCAUGACGUUGGGGGCACAAUCGCGAACGGUGGGCUAUACUCACAUGAACGCUGAGAGCUCUCGCUCUCACUCGAUCUUCACCAUCAAGAUCCACCAGAAAGAUGCCGACGAUGAGACCAAGAGCGUGUUCGCUAAGAUUAAUCUCGUCGAUCUUGCAGGCUCCGAACGUGCGGCAUCAACAGGAGCACAGGGCGAUCGACUUCGUGAAGGAGCCAACAUCAACAAGUCGCUCAGUGCCUUAGGCAACGUCAUCAACGCUCUCGUUGAAGCUUCUCGAGCUAGCAAGAAGGUGUUCAUUCCUUAUCGUAACUCCAAGCUCACGCGUGUACUGCAGGAGUCACUGGGUGGCAACAGUCUCUGCUCCAUGCUGGCGACGCUCUCACCUGCCAGUAUCAACUUCGUCGAGACGUUGAGUACUCUCAAGUACGCUAGUCGCGCUAAGAGUAUCAAGGUGAACGCCAAGAAAAACGAGGCGUCCUCGCAGAUUUCACAGCUCAACGAAGAAAUUGCCGCGCUCAAGCAAAAACUUCAAGAGCAAAUGGAAACUGGGCUCGGUCUUGACCCCAAAGAGAAGGACGACAUCGUCAAGAAAUACGAGAAGCAGAUUCAAGAGAUGGACCGGGUGAGGUUACAGACGUGGGAGGACAAGGCGAAGCUCUCGAAACAGCACGAAAUGGAGCGCAAGAAGCUGGCACGAGAACGGGCGCUGGCUGACCAACGCAUUCGAGAAGAACGUACGAAGAAGUGGCGAUUGCUGGAGGAGAAGGGUGAUCUGGAGCUCAUGAUGCGUGCUCUUCGCGAUCUGGAUGGCAACAACUCAGCUGCAGCUGAUGCUGAUGCUGACGCAGCGUCAGUGGCGGUGCAGUGGCUCGAGACUGCCCAGAAAGUCAAGACGAUGGAAGGUGAAGCUAAAGAUUUACGUACACUUAUCCAGGUGUUCCGAGAUUCUCUCCAGAAAGACGUCGAGCUCUGGGCGCGACGCUGCGGCCUAAUGCAAGAGAACGGCAAGUCCACCAAGGCCUUAUUGUCUCAGCGUCGUGAAGACUCGGCUGCUGCGUCAGCGGCACACAUGACUGCGAGUCAAAUGAGCAGUAAACUGCAGAAUAUUGGCGAAGAAAGUGAAAAGCUGUUAACGUUAGAGGGCCAACUUGUGAGUGACCGCAGCGCGUUGAUUAACACGAUGACCCGUGAGCUGCUGCGAUUGAAGGCGUGCCAUGCUCAGUUUAAAGCUGAGCAAGCUGCGGCGACGGCUGCUGCUGCUGGAAAGUCAACUCCGAAUGCUGCACAAGCCACAAAAGUCGCAAAGGAACAGGAGCAGCUUCUUGAAGAACGUGAACGUGGUCUUACCAUAACGUUGGCGCUCGUGCGAACUCAGCGUUCGAUUCUCGUUCAGUCCAUUAAGUCCGAUCGUCAACGAAUUUUUGAGUUUGCAAUGAUCACCAAACACUUCACCAGCUUCGCGGACCAGCAUAUUGCCUCGUCGCAAGAUGCUAAAGCUAAAAGUUCCGACACUGCGCAACGCUGGGAAGAGGCCAAAGCCAAGCUUUUGGCUGUGUCUAAGACCUGGGAAGAUACCUGGAAAGCCAAGUCAGCAAAGGACACCUGCUCUGCAGAAUACGUGGGGGAUGGAGACGUUGCGCCGCUUGGUCUGGAAUCGCGCUUGCUACCUGAUGAGUGUUUGUCUGCCUCCUCGAAGGCUCAAGACGCCAAGUUUGCACGGCUUAAUGGAGCUCAGUGCUGGGUACCCGACGCACAAGACGCAGCUCCAUCGCUUGUAGUUGAUUUUGAGCUUCCUCGUAUCUUUGAUUCGUUGUCUGUACGUGGUGGUAAGGGAGGAAGUUCUGGCUCAUCAGAGGCACAAGCAGCGACACUGACUAGCUCUCCAGUACCAGCUCCUGCUUCAACAUUUGUUUUGGCGAGCAUUGCUGAUCUCCAGGCAGCUCGAAGUCGAUACAAACUUGACGAAGUGAAAGGAGCGAACGAGCUGACGUACGAGCUGCUGGCUCACGUUAUGUCGUGGCAAGAUCUACUCAAGACAGAUGUUGUUCCCGUAAAACUGUUCGCUCGCCCACCAGUUCGAUUCCUGCACGAUGUGAUCUCGGCUGUCAUGUGGAAUACAGGUUUCGCGUGUGACGCUGUCUCAGCAGCCCAGCGCGACUACGCCUUACUCCCCAGCAAGACUGAGCGAUAUGAAUACCUAUCUGCAGUUCUGGACUAUGUGCAGUCGUGGUAUCAGCGUCAACAACACAAUGCUGAGAAUGCUCCUAGUGUGGUCAUCGCUGCAACCACCUCCAAUAUCCUAGCAGGCAAGGAGCCUACAGACACUGUUCAGUUUCUCGGAUACUUUGCGUUGGCAGCGAUAGAUCACGCGAUACAAAACCCACCAGUAGCAGCUGUAACAGACCAUACUACUGCUGCAACACCAGUGGCUGAGGCGGAAUCUGAAACCAGUCCUGACACUCCUCAAGACGGAUGGGUAACUCGUAUCCGAGUCGCUACAAGUUUUACAGGUGCUGCCGGCGACUGGCGUGUCUUGGGCGAAUUCGAUGCCAACACCGAUACCGAGGGUACAGUCUCUAUAGCUUUAGCGGCGGGGGGAGUCAAGGAGGAUGGCAGCCGAGCAGGUCGCUUCCUACAGCUUACAUGUGUCAAGUGGCAUCAUCGUGCAGCGUUGCAAUGCGAGGUCUUCGGUCGCGAGGCACACGAGAGCAGUUCGCUCGCUCUAAACGUCCAAGUUUUGGCGUCGAAGGCCUGUGCACUUCUUGAGCAGCUUCGACAUACAGCUGUGCUGGUGCUGGAGGAGGCUCGUGCCUUGUACGACCGUGCUAAGAUUGCGGAAAGUGAGAAGCACGCACAGCUAGCAAGCUAUGGCGAAGAGCUAGCCAAGUUGAGAGCAGCCAGGGCUGCUUGGGAGAAAAAGGAGCGUGAGAUGCAAGAGCAACAUGCCCACCUCACUGCCCAGAUAGAUACGGCCAACCAGCGUGCGGACCGGGAAAAAACUCGCGGAGAUACACUGCAAGGUGACCUGGCGGCAACUACGAGUCAGGUAGAGGAGCUGAAGCGACGAGGAGAUACGCUGCAAACGCAGAUAAGUGAGAAGGAACAUCAGAUACAGACGCUGGCAAUGCAGGCCGGGGAGCAGAAGCGUGCUUAUGAGGCACUGCAGCAGACUAAGCAGCAGCUUGAGGAAUUAGCGGCCAAUUUACGCGGCCAGUUGACUGACAAGAAACAAGAACAAGAUGCCAGUCAACAAGAAGGGCAGUCACGCAUUGCAGAACUCAACGGAGAGCUCAUGUCAGUGCGUGUUCAGCUGGAUGAACAGCGUCGCGCACUAGAGGCAGCAGAGCUACAAGUCAAGGAGCAAGAAACAUUUGGACAGCAGCAGUAUUCGCUUUUGCAGCAGACGCGUGCUGCUCUAAUGGAGAAAGGGGCUGAGGCAGAUGCAAAGCUGAAGGCUCGGGCAGCAGAGAGUGAGGCUGCACUGAGAGAUCUCAAUGAUGAGCGCGAUCGUGUGAAGCAGGGGCUUGAACGCGCGUUGGCGGCUGAAAACUUACUCAAGGUGGCGGCAGGCCGAUUAGAGGCUCAAUGUGCAGCUACAGGGGCUGAACUAGAUAGUUGGAGACGACGAGCAGAGGCGGCGGAGGCUGAAGUUCAGACCCGGUCUCAGGGAAGUAGUGCAGCAGGUGCUGAAACCAGUGCUAGCAAUGGUAAUACUGAAUCUGAAGCAGCCGGAAGGGAGAACGAGAGGUUCCUACUGGAGGCACAGACGAACGAACUCCGUCGGCUGGCCGAGCUGGAGAAGAUGGAGACAAAGGUGCAGAGCUUAGAACAGGAACUUGCUGCAAGUGAAGAGAAAGCACGUCAAGCUGAGCAGGCACUCUUCGAGUCUGCGAAGAGGGUGAAGGAACUUGAAGAGACUGAGGAGGAGUUGCAGCUUCAACUACAAGUGGUCACAGAUGAGCGAGACUCGGCUAGACAGAAGGAAGAGCAGCUUUUUGCAGAGACGAACGAGAAAGAUCAAGAGAUUGAGCGCAUUCGGGACGGCUACGUGUGGGUGACGGACCGAAUGAAUUCAAAAGAAGACGAGCUCAGUGAGCUACAGGAGCAGUUAGAGCGCUAUCAAUCUUUGUUAGAGAUGACUGGCGCUAAAGCAGGUGCUGACAUACCUCCUGCAAAGCACAAGGAGGACAAAUGGGGAGCUGAAAUAGCCAAGCUCUACGCUCUUGCCAUUGGUGCAACGGACCCGGCAGCAGGAAGCGAUACAAUGAUCGCCAAAUUAGCAGAAUGGAUAGAGGUGAUGAAAGCACCCACAAAAACGCCAGCUAAACACGAGACGCCAUCGCCGCAACAAAAUAGCAAGGCAGAAAAGCUAACAGCACAAGAAGUCGUGCCAAAAGCUAAUGGCUUCACUGGUGAGGAAGAGACAGACUACGAUGAUGAUUUCGAUGAUGCUGAUGAAAAGGAUGAAAGCCGUAAGGCUCGACGGAAAUGA